AUGAGGAAGGCGGCCGGCUUGCUCGCCAAGGGACUGCUCCGCAGCGUUGGAGCAGCUGUGGAGACUCAGAGCGUUCGGUUUGGCCGCGGGAGUUAUGUUCGGAACGUGUGGGCCAUGAGUGCCGCGGCAGGGCGCGGGAGGCUGGCAACCCUUCCAGCCGCAUCACAUCUCGCGACAGUUGGCGUGCCGAGCCCCGCCGUGCAGCCGGGCAGCGGCGCGAGGUCCAUGUUCAUCCAGACACAGGAGACUCCGAACGAGAACUCGCUGAUGUUCAUGCCUGGCAAGACGGUGAUGGACAGUGGGGCAUAUGACUUCAGCAACGCCCGCGCUGCGAUGGUUUCGCCACUGGCGAUCAGGCUGUUUGCUGUGGAUGGGGUCAAGGGAGUCUUUUUCGGCAGCGACUUCAUCACAGUGAGCAAGACGGAGGACAUCCCGUGGUCGCUGAUGAAGCCGGAGGUGUUCGCAGCCAUCAUGGAGCACUACGCGAGUGGCGACCCGUUGUUCACGGACGAGACGGACGGCCACAUGGACACGCACAUCAACGACGACGACUCGGAGAUCGUGGCGAUGAUCAAGGAGCUCCUCGCGACGCGCAUCCGGCCGGCCAUCCAGGAGGACGGCGGCGACGUCGUCUUCCACGGCUUCGACGAGGAGAAGGGCGCCGUCAAGCUCGAGCUCGUCGGGGCGUGCCGCGGCUGCAGCUCGAGCAGCGUGACCCUCAAGGCAGGCAUCGAGAACAUGCUCACGCACUACAUCCCCGAGGUCAAGGAAAUCAUCCAGAUCCUCGACGAGGGCGAGGAAGAGGGUCUCGAGGCGUUCGAGCGUCUGGAGAAGAACCUCGAUGGCGAGAAGAAGCCAGAGACCUCGCCGCUGGAGAAGCAUCUCUCGUCGUGA